AUGUCGUUCCCCGCAGGAAAAGCACCGGAGCGCAAGAACCUGUUUAAGAAGGGAAUUGACGCGGAUGAGUCGCGUCGCAGCCGAAUGGAGACGACGGUGCAGAUCCGCAAGACCAUCAAGGAGGACCGCAUGAACCAGCGUCGCCGCAUGGCACCGGCAGACAAUGGAGCUGCGGCGACGGCCACUAUGGGAGAUGCCGCCGGCGAGAUGACGCUGCAGCAGCGGCUAUCGGAGCUUCCCGAGAUGGUGGCUGGCGUGCAGUCGGGCGAUGCGGCUGUACAGCUCGAGGCGGUAACCAAGUUCCGCAAGUUACUGUCCAUUGAGCGCAACCCGCCGAUUAAGGAAGUGAUUCAGACCGGCGUUGUCCCUAUUUUCGUGCAAUUCCUUCAGCGCGAAGACUUCCCGACUCUACAGUUCGAGGCCGCCUGGGCUUUGACUAAUAUUGCGUCGGGUACCUCUGCAGAUACCGAGGUAGUGAUCAGCCAUGGCGCUGUGCCUAUUUUCUGCCAGUUGCUGCUGUCCACGAACGAUGAUGUGCGCGAACAGGCUGUGUGGGCCCUUGGUAACAUUGCCGGUGACUCGAUCGAGUGCCGUGACAUGGUUCUGCGUUGCGGUGCUCUGCGCCCUCUCAUGCAGCAGCUGACGGAGAACUCCAAAUCGACGAUGCUUCGUAAUGCUACGUGGACGCUGUCCAACUUCUGCCGUGGCAAGCCACAGCCGCAGUUCGACCUUGUGUCACCCGCACUCCCGACUCUCGGCCAGCUCAUCUACACUCACGACGAGGAAGUGCUAACGGACGCAUGCUGGGCUCUGUCGUACCUGUCGGAUGGCUCGAACGAAAAGAUUCAGGCAGUGAUUGAGGCUGGUGUGUGCCGACGAAUUGUGGAGCUGCUGAUGCAUCACUCUCCUUCCGUGCAGACGCCCGCACUGCGUACUGUCGGUAACAUUGUGACGGGCGACGAUCUGCAGACGCAGGUCAUUAUUAACCUGAAUGCGCUGCCGUGCCUGCGUGCUCUUCUGGAGAGCCCCAAGAAGGGCAUCCGGAAGGAGGCGUGCUGGACGUUGUCCAACAUCACGGCCGGCAACCAGGAGCAGAUCCAGUUCAUUAUUGAGGCCGACAUUUUCCCGUCCCUGAUCAACUUCUUGUCGACUGCUGAGUUCGACAUCCGCAAGGAAGCCGCGUGGGCUGUGUCGAACGCCACUUCUGGUGGAUCUGCGGAGCAGAUCAUGCACCUUGUGAGUCUUGGGUGCAUCAAGCCUCUGUGUGACCUGCUGGAAGUGAAGGACGCGAAGGUUGUGAUUGUGGCUCUGGAGGGUCUCGAGAACAUUCUGCGGGCGGGUGAGUCGCAGAAGACCAACGACAUCAACGACGUUGCCACGAUGAUCGAUGAGGCGGACGGUGUCACCAAGAUUCAGGCGCUGCAGUACCACGCCAAUGAAGACAUCUACUUGAAGUCCAUGAAGAUCGUGGAGCAAUACUUCAAUGGCGAGGAGGAUGCGGAGGAUAGCCUAGCGCCUGACACGGAUGCAAACGCACAGCAGUUCCAGUUCGGCACAACCUCGGACCAGCCCACCAUGUUCCAGUUUGGCCAGAACUGA